GCAGAGUUUGCUACGCCAAGCAGAAUAUCAAUUCAAUGCACUGUAAAUCAGUUAAAGUGGAAACUGUAGCCGAUCUGCGAUGCAGUUUCCUUCUGUAUUGUGCAGGUGAACAAUAGUUGGCAGGUCAGUUUGUUUUGGCGCCGCACAAUGUAGUAUGCACCUACUGUGUGCGAUGUUUGCCGACGCACGCGGUUUUUCUCGUCAGUUAAAUGGUGGAAGUAUUGUUAGUUUAAGAAGCGGUAUACGGUGAUGGUCCAUGUCGCUGGGCUCGAACGCUGUGCGCCGGAAGUUGAUCUUCGGGAAAAACGGACGCUGAUUAAUUGUUGCCGGUGUUUGUAUAAUUACUCGUAACAGCGGCGGUUCUAUAGCGCUACAAUGUCCUCCCAAUUGAAGGGCAGUUUAAUUAAGGAAAGCGACAGUGGUAAGGCGAGUUGCCCCAAAUAACCAGUAGGUUGUAUACGGUUGGCCAUUCGCUGGGUACGGUUGGCCGCAACUACGGUGUAAUAUACGACCGUGGAACAACCAUGUACGAUCCGCGCCACGACGGCCGUCCAACGCACGCGCACGGCCAGCGACCGGGACUGCGCUCCUGCCGACAGGACUUCCCGGCCGUCUUCUCCUCCUCCGAAGAUUUCCCAGAGCACUGGAUCUUGAUGGAGAAGGAUGCCUCGGGGCCCGAGGAGAGCCUGCCGGAUGCGGACAGCACGGCCGCCCUGGCCGGUGACCUUUGCGCCGUGGCUGGCGGUGAAGCGGCCGGCAGUGGCAAUGGCGGUCGCAGCGACAACGACCCCUUCGGCGUGCCCAACGGCAUGGCGCAGCGGGCCUUCGCGCACCCCGAGCGCAGCGACAGCGCCUGCGCCGGCGAGGGCAUGGGCGCCUACAACUACUCCUGCAGCCUCGACACCGCCGCGCCCUACGAAGGUCCGCGUGCGCCCAUCGAGGAGGAAAUGGAGCGCGCUGCCAUCCAGAAGCAUCUGUGAGUCGACUGCUAGCUUGAUUGGCUGGUCUGCUUAAUUGCCGGUUCACUGGCGUCGCGGUUACAACUGCGUCGAUAGUUAUUACGCAGCCCGCUGCGUGAUAAGCUAUCCUUUAUAAUAAAAGAUUAACAGGGGGCGUGACCAGUGUGUCUGUCAAAUCCCCCAGAAUCGCAGAGUGGAUCAAUAUUCAACAUUUACGGAUCAUUCGAUAGCGCUGAUUUCGUAGAUGAGCCCGCAACUUUCGGAUUUCAAAAAACAAACAUCGUUUGAGAGAAAACUGUAAAAAACCCUACCAUACAAAGUCCACGGAACCCCAACACAACCAAUCAGCGAAGACUUAAAGUAACUGCCUUGCUGCAGAGCUUGCGCGGGUUAU